AUGCCGAACCCUCCAACCAAAUGGCGCGGGUGUUGUCAACUUCAAAACACAUUUUGCAACAGAUUUAAACCAUCCUUUUGCAACAACAAACUCCUCGGUGCUAGGCUAUCCGGUUUACCUGGGUCUCCAUUGGACGACCAGGGCCAUGGGACCCACUGUGCUGGCAUUGCGGCAGGAGUUGAGGUUUACGAUGCUAACGUCCUUGGCCAAGGUAGGGGGACCGCGGUUGGCAUGGCACCUAAAGCUCACUUAGCGUCUUACAAGACAUGUACACCAAGCGGGUGUAGUGACUGGCGGGUGCUGGCCGGCGUUGAUGAGGCCAUUGAAGAUGGAGUAGAUGUGCUAUCAAUGUCCAUCGUUGGCGGUUUUGUGAAUUUCUAUGCUGACGGUGUCAUUAGAGGCUCCUUUGUCGCAAUGGAGAAAGGUAUCUUAACUAGUGCUUGUGCUGGGAAUGAUGGGAGAAUACCGUUCUCCAUAUCCAACGAUGCACCGUGGGUCAUGACGGUUGGAGCCAGCACCACUGAUCGAGUGAUGAGGGUGCUUGUUGAACUUGGUAACGGGAUGAAGUUGUAUGGGGAGUCUGCUUACCAACCGAAGGGUUACAACUCACCGUGGCUACCUAUAGCCUACCCGGGUAUUAUAGAUACCGAUGCAAAAUUGUCAUGCAUGAAAGGGUCCUUGGAUGAUGAGAAUGUGAAAGGAAUGAUGGCCCACGUCCUUCCCGCCGCUCACUUAAGCCACGUCGACUCCCUAAAGAUCGUCAAUUAUGCCAAAACCGAAGCAAAUCCUAAAGCACGGUUAGUUUUCCAAGGCACGCAGUUUCACAAGCGGCGGGCACCCGCGGUGACCGACUUUUCUUCUAGAGGGCCAAGCACGAUAAACGGCGGAAUACUGAAGCCGGAUAUCAUCGGCCCUGGUUCAGACAUUCUAUCGGGUUGGGCUUUUGACGUCGGGCCUGACUCUUCCGCCCCUUCAGAGUCCGCAUUCAAUUUUGCGAGCGGUUGUUCGAUGGCAACACCUCAUCUUGCUGGAAUCGCAGCGCUGAUCAAAAGCAUCCAUAACGAUUGGUCGCCGGCUGCUAUUAAAUCGGCAAUCAUGACUACUGCUGACGUACUAGACCGUGAUGGAUUGCCUAUUGUUGACGAGCAAUCCAACUCCCUGGAAACAGCCACUUACUUUGCGAUGGGUGCAGGUCAUGUGAAUCCCUCUAGAGCGAUGGACCCGGGACUCGUCUACGACGUCGAUCCUGAGGAUUACGUUCGCUACCUGUGCGGCUUGUACAGCAAUGCUAAUAAUAUCAAAAAAAUCAUCAAACGCGAUCCACAAUGUUAUAAACUUCAGAAAAUAACUCCGGAAGAAUUGAAUUAUCCGUCGGUCAUGGUAUCUUUAGCUUCGUCGUCUGCCAAGACGAUAAGUCGAACCGUGACGUUUGUGGAGGAGAAGGGCCCAGCGGUUUAUAAGCUAAAAGAUAGCAGUGACCCUGAAGGAACGGUCAUGGAAAUCGAGCCGAAGGAACUUCAUUUUUCAUCUCCAAAAGAAUCUAAAACUUUUACUGUGAAGUUCAGCAAGAAAGGAAGCUCCCCGAGUGAACAAUACACGCAGGGACAGUUCUCAUGGGUUUCCGGCGAGCACAUUGUCAGGAGUCCGGUUGUUGUUAAACACUCGAAUUAGUUAUCUAAUUUUCAAUAAUCUGUAUGCUGUAAGUGGUAUAAGUCAUUUACAUGCUCAUAUUCUUGUUAAACACUCGAAUUAGUUAUCUAAUUUUCAAUAAUCUGUAUGCUGUAAAUGGUAUAAGUCAGUUACAUGCUCAUAUUCGUAAAAAGUAGAGUCUAUAUAA